AUGAAGAUGCAGCUCCCUCGCUGUUCCAUGCUGGGAUGGCAGGCUAAGGCUUAUUGUGCUACUAUGGUGGUGCAUGCACAUCCUCCCCCCUUCCCUGUACCCUUCCCCUUCAGCCUCGGAGGACGACCGGUGAGACUUUCCGACUUUUGCCAUGAAUUUGGAGAAGAAACGAGUGUACUCAUCGUUGUCUCCAGCAGCUGUUCUACAUUUCUGAAGGCCAUGGUCGAUGGCCGGAAGCACGCUGCGUUCGCAGAGAACGGACUGGGUGUCGUACCAGCUGCGGAGCCUCUGUUUAUUAUUUUGGAUUAUGGCCUGAAAGGACACGGCCAAGGGAUGUUCCCUGCCCCCGUUCCUUCCAUCGCGGCACGAUCAGUGAAGUGUCCAGCUCCCCGCGCCGCGUCUGUGUCUGUGUGGCAUACACGAGGAGGUGCAUACGCCCGUUGGAGAACUUGGCAGAUUGACUGGCGCAACCGUGACUGGCGUCACAUGCUCGACAGACUUCUCGCAGACCUUCUUGACGUUCUUGAGGCAGACAUUACCGUUUCCGAGCCAUUCGCUUCGAACUAUCCACGCGAACCCCGAAGAUCGGCCAUUCUGAAGUGGGAGAAAUCUUUGGUCCCGAAGAUACAGUUCUACUGCCUGAAGAGGAGGAAUACAAGCGAAUACUGA